AUGGAACUGCAGGAGAUGUUUCGUUACGGAUACAUGUUCCCGCCGAGGGAGGACGAAGUGGUGUCCUGCGCGUAUCUGGAUUUACCGAGCUACGCUUAUUCCAAGAAUAAAACCGAUCUACCUCCGGUGAGCACGAUUACGAUACCCCAGUGCAUCGUUUACGACGACGGUAACCGCAGCGACGGUUGGCACACGCCGAGUCCGACCGCGAGUCUGCGAUCGGUCAGUCCAGCCACGACGUCGUCCGUGUCGUCGGAAGCAGACGCGAUGAGCAACCCCGUCACCUACCGUUUGUUAGGCUCCGUCGAGGACAAAAGGUACGCGCCGAAGAGGUCAGCGAUUAAAACCGAGACGACGACGACGAAUCGUUCUAUGAUCGAACUGACCGAGGAAGCGAACAGUAUGGACGCAGACACGGACGAUGGAACCGGUGACGCUGAAUUGGAAACGGAACACGAGAACGAGAAGUCGCAGUCGUGCCGAGGCAGCGUGAUCAGCAACGCGAGCAGCUUUUCGGAUAGAAUCGUGGACGGGGACAGCGAGGACGAUGCAGAGAUGAGCGACAGCGCGGAUCACGUCGGAUCCGAGACCGGAAGCGACAGGAACCUCGUCAGGAGAAGAGGUAAAUACGUUAGCUCGACGAUCGUCCGGAAACGUAGACUGGCGGCGAACGCGAGGGAACGCAGGAGGAUGCAGAAUUUGAAUAAAGCGUUCGACAGGUUGAGGGCGUAUCUUCCGUCUUUGGGCAACGAUAGACAAUUGUCGAAAUAUGAAACGCUUCAAAUGGCUCAGUCUUAUAUCACGGCGUUGUACGAUUUGUUGCAAUAAUCUUUUUUUUUAAUCGUGACUAGUGAACCGAUCGAACGACCAAUAGACUUUUUAUACUGUGUAUACGAUUGAUUCAUCAUUUAAUUUCAUUGGAC